AUGACAGUCCGACGAGAUUACUCGUCUUCGUUCCUCUUCCUCUGUUUCCACCUGCUGGUGGCAUCCAAUGCAGCUAUGAGCUCAUACAUUCUUCAAGCCAUCAACUGCUCAACAUCAGGCAACUACACUGACACCAGCGCCUACGCCGCUAACGUGAACCAAUUCCUCGGUGCACUCCCCGAGAACACCGUCUCCAAGAAUGGAGGCUUCUUCAACGGCAUGGUUGGCCUGGGAUCAGACACUUUAUAUGGCCUCGCCAUCUGUCCCGCCGACUACUCGCGCGCUGAUUGCAGCGACUGCCUCACGGCCGCUGCUGCCAGCAAUGCCGAUGGCCUGCGGAAUAGCUGCCCUGGGAGCAGAACCGUGCUCGCCAUGUUCGAUCGAUGCCUAGUCCGCUAUUCAGACGUCAACUUCUUUGGUACACCUGAAAUAGGUGCCAUCUACGUGUCGAGUGGUGAAAGUGUUUCCGCCAGUUGGAAGGACUACGCGGACGAAGUGCAGCCUAGCUUGUCUGAAGCGACAUCGGGUGCGGAGAUCUCACCGCAGCGAUUCGCAGCCAGCGUGGGGAGGCCAUAUGUGUUUGUUCAGUGCACAUGGGACCUGCCAGCAGACAAGUGCAAACAGUGCUUGGACAUACUGUCGAUCAACGUGACGGACAUUUGGGUCCUGAGAAGAGAAGGGCAGCAGAAAAGCUACAGCUGCACUGUUCGGUACAGCAAUACGAGCUUCAUGGUUGUGCCGUUCACUGCUGUUCCGGCACCUACGCCGCAAUAUGUAUUCCCGGCGAGCAGGUCAUCUCCUGAUCCCGCGAUCGCCAGUGGUAAACUGAAUAGCAUGGAUGUUGCUGUAAAAAAGAUAAUUAUGCCAGAUAAUAAUGAGGAACAAGGACAAGUGAGGAAGGACUUUGAUAACGAGAUUAACGUUAUGAGGCCGCUUCACCAUUGCAACAUUAUAAGUCUUGUUGGUUGCUGCAAGGACAAAAAAAAUCUACUUCUUGUGUAUGAGCUAAUGGAGAAUGGGAACCUCGAGGACCAGCUUUACCCCAAAGCUGGUGCCAUGGAUUCGGACCUUCAUGGUGUAACGGUUCCGGGCACUAAUUUGAUGCUAGAUUGGCCAAAAAGGUACGCCAUACUGAUUGGAGUAGCCACUGGUCUUGUAUACCUCCACUGUGAAUGUAAGGAAACCCUCCUGCAUGGCGAUAUCAAGCCAAGUAAUGUGAUGCUUGGCAAAAGCUUCAAUGCGAAGCUGUGUGACUUUGGGCUGGUGAAGCAAAUCAGCAAUAGUAAAACCUCACGCUCGACGGAUAGCAUCCGUGGGACCAAAGGCUAUGUCGACCCGGCAUAUGCGAACACCGGCAGGGCAUGCGAGAAGAAUGAUAUCUACAGCUUCGGCAUAGUGAUGCUCGAGGUUGUAUGCUGCGAGAGACCGUCCGUGACUCAGCAUGGUGACAGGAUUAUGAACAACCUCGUCGAGAAGGUGAGAGCAUGUUAUCAGAGGAAUGCUAUUCUUGAUGCAGCUGACGGACGGCUGAGGGGUCAGUCUGACGAGCAACUUAAGCGGGUGUUGAUUAUCGGGCUCUUGUGUGUCCAUCCGGAUCCCGAUCAACGUCCACAUACCAGGAAAGUGCUGGAAUACUUGACAAGCCGAGCCGUUCCGUUGCCUUUUCUCCCUACUAGUACAAAUUAUACUUUUUCCAUGAUGAAUGAGAGUAGAUCAUAUUCAUCAACCUCCCAUAACCGCAGUGUAAGUGAAGAUGAGUUCAGCACGUCUUCCAGCGUAGUGCCCCCUCAGCAUUUACGAAGAGAUGAAGACGCUGGUACGGCAGCUUUCCUGACCAGCCAGAGCUGA